ACUAGCUAGCAAAAAUAAUUAGCCAUUAGCAAACUAAAAAAAUCAUGUUCAUCCAUCGAAUCCUCAUAAUCCAGUUUUCUUUCUGUUUAAUGUUUUCAACAUCUCUUGAUGCAUUUGGGGGGGCAAAACCAGGGUGCCCAGACAAAUGUGGUAACAUAACCAUACCUUAUCCUUUUGGUAUAACUAGUGAAGGAGGAGAAGGAGGAUGCUCGAUCCCUGACGUUGGCUACGGUUAUAGCGUUAACUGUAAUUCUUCUUACGAUCCUCCUAAACCAUUUAUCGGCACAGGUAACCUUCAAAUUCUGAGUAUAUCUGAAACUGAAAUUCGUGUUGGGAACAGGAUAGGUAAAAUAUGUUUCGAUGAAAAUGGCGCUGUGGUGCUUAACAAUACGAUAGUCUCCAUAAACCUGCGGAACAGCCCUUUUACAUUCUCAAACACAAAAAACAAGUUUAUGCUGAUCGGUUGUUUGGCCGUGGCGGUAUAUCGGGGGAACGAUAAAGAAGAUAGGGACUACUUUAGCACGUGCAUAUCAUCAUGUCAUAGUAGGGAAAGUUUGGUUGAAGGGUCUUGUGGUGGGAAUGGGUGUUGCCAAAACACCGUUCCAAAGGGGAUCAAAAAUCAUAAGACAGUAAUUGUAUCGACGUUGAAUGAUAGUAAUACGAACUUUUUGUCCUACAGCCCGUGCAGUUACGCAUUCAUGGGCGAGUAUGAGCAGUUCAGCAACUUUGCUGCAUCAGAUCUUCUAUCCGUACCUGAAGAAAUAGAUAUCCCCGUUGUUCUUGAUUGGGCAGUAGGGACUAAGACAUGUGAAGAAGCACAAAAAUAUCCAACCAGCUAUGCAUGCCAUGGAAACAGUCGCUGUAAAAAUUCAGACAACAAUCCGGGGUAUCACUGCACUUGCUUUGAAGGUUAUGAGGGGAAUCCUUAUAUCACUCCCGGAUGCAUAGACAUAAACGAGUGCGAGGAUGGAAAAAACAAUCCCUGUGAAGGUAUCUGCAUCAAUACCAAUGGGAGCUUCAAUUGUACUUGUCCAGCGGGCAGUCAAGGAGAUGGGAGGAAAGACGGGAGAGGUUGCACUCCCAAUAUUGUUAAGAAGGAACAGUUUCCAAUUCUACAAGUUACUCUUGGUAUAGGUUUAGGGAUUUUGUUUCUAAUCAUUGCAAGUUCCUGGAUAUACUUGAUCAUAAGGAAAAGAAAGCUGAUAGAAAUGAAAGAGAAAUUUUUCCAACAAAAUGGUGGGUUGCUAUUACAACAACAACUAUCGUCAAAUGAAGGUGGUGCAGAGAACUCAAAAAUCUUUACCGCGGAAGAGCUCAAAUUAGCAACCAACAAUUAUGAUGAGAGUUUAGUCGUUGGACGAGGAGGUUAUGGAACCGUUUACAAGGGAACCUUGUCGGAUAAUCGUUUAGUUGCUAUAAAGAAGUCUAAAAUAGUUGAUCAGUGUCAAAUUGAGCAGUUUAUAAAUGAAGUAGUUAUUUUAACUCAGGUUAACCAUCGAAACGUCGUGAGGCUCUUGGGGUGUUGUUUAGAGACUGAAGUUCCCUUGCUUGUUUAUGAAUACAUUUCCAAUGGCACCCUCUUCCAACAUAUUCAUCCUAGCCGCGGGGAGCCUUCCAUUUCCUGGGCAAACCGUUUGAGGAUUGCUAUUGAAACUGCCGGUGCACUUACUUAUUUACAUUCUGCAGCUUCAAUACCCAUCAUUCAUAGAGAUGUCAAGUCUGCCAACAUACUUUUAGAUGAAAAUUACACCGCAAAAGUAGCAGACUUUGGAGCGUCCAGGUUAAUUCCUUUGGACCAAACCGAAUUAUCCACACUAGUACUGGGGACUUUAGGAUAUCUGGAUCCAGAAUACUUCAACACAAGCCAACUGACAGAGAAGAGUGAUGUUUAUAGCUUUGGCGUAGUUCUUGUAGAACUCUUGACGGCAGAAAUGCCCAUUUCUCAUGGUAGAUCGGAAAAGCAAAGAAGUCUUGCUCCAUACUUCAUUUCGGCAAUGGAAGGAAAUAAAUUGCCCCAACUUCUUGAUGCUGGAGUAUGCAACGAGGGGACACCAAAACAAGUCAGUGCAGUUGCAGAGCUUGCAAAAAGUUGCCUUAGCUUGACGGGUGAAGAUAGACCAACAAUGAGACAAGUAACAACAGAACUGGAAAAAGUUAGAGAUGCAGAGCAUUUAUCUUGGUCAAUUCAACCAAACCACGAAAAGAAAUCGAGCUUACAGUUUGAAACAAGUGACCUCUAUAGUGUUCCAUUAACCGGCUCAUCAGCAGCUGGUGACUCUGGGCAAUAUAGUUCGAAUACAGAUACCAUAGUCCAGAUGAUGAGCAUGCCCCGAUGAUUAUGUAGUUUAUGUGGAUAUCUUUCUUCGGGUUUUCUAAGAGAAACUAUUCUGUAGGAGUGUGGGUUGCAGUUGCAUCUAUUUAGUGUGGUUUCCUAAGAAGUCUUGCUUCCUACUGCAUUUUACAGGCGUUCAAAUGUGUAGUCCAUUAUUUUCUGUAUAGAAGAAAAAAAUGUAAU